AUGAGUAAAGCCGAGAAGUACAUCAACCAGGAGGAGACACUCCGAGCUCUAUUGGGACCCGAGCAAACUCGUCCAUCCACUUCCGGGAAUCCAAAAAAGAAGAACCUUCGGAAGGAAGAACAGAAGCGUGUUCCAGAAGAAGAGGCUAGGCCAAAGCGGGAUCAGGAGUCCCUAAGGGGUCACAACUGGACACCCCUCAAUGCACCCAUUAUGGAUGUUCUCCUGGAGAUAAAGCGAGACCCGAUGUACCGAAAACCCAGACCGGUGCUCGCAAAUCUGCAUUCACAAUACGCCAACCAGUAUUGUGCGUUUCAAGAUACUACCGGGCAUCGCACAGAAGCCUGCAUAUCCUUGAGACUUCUGAUUGAACGCUUCAUAGAAAACGGAAAACUUGUCCGUUUCCUCGCAAAUCAAAGAGUUCGCAAUCGCCCCCAUCAGAAUCAAAACAAUCCCCGGGAUGACCGAGGAAGAAAUCAGGAAAGGGGAAGGGAACUGGAACGCAGGCCAGACCCUCGGGCCGCACGAGAAAGAAGUAAGAGCCGAGCCAGACCAGCACGGCAGGAAAACCUUCCAGAGAUACAGACGAUUUCAGGGGGUUUCGGAGGAGGCGGAGAGUCUAGCUCGGCGCGGAAAGCAUACGCGAGGCAGAUGAGGGACUUCGAGGUUUACUCGGUACACAAACCUCUAAAAUCCCAGAAACAAAACGCUCAGGUGGUCGCAUUCUCGGAUGCCGAUUACGCAGAGGUAUCUCUCCCACAUACCGACGCUCUGGUACUAAGUCUGGCCAUAGCCAACCACAAAAUACACCGCAUCUUGGUUGACACAGGAAGCUCGGCUGACAUCCUUUACAGGUCAGCCUUCGAGCAAAUGAAGAUUGAUCGAAGUAAGGUGAUCUCGGCGAGACAUUUGCUUGUGGGAUUCACAGGAGAACAAGCGCUCCCACUCGGGUCCAUUGAGCUUCCGGUCACAGCGGGAAUGUACCCGAGGCAGAGGACGGUGAUGGUUCGGUUCUUAAUAAUCGACCAAUCAUCGGCCUACAACGCCAUCCUCGGGAGAACAGCUCAAUGA